AUGGACUGAACCGUCUUACACUCGUUGAUUUCCCUGUCACGUACAACCAUCCCAUCAUGUAUCAAUUCAAGCAGCUCGUUGUACCCGAUUUUAUGAACAAAAAACCUCCACCAAACUAUAUUGCGGGUUUGGGUCGAGGUGCAACAGGUUUCACAACUCGGUCAGAUAUCGGACCCGCACGAGAAGGACCUUCUGAUGCACUGAUCGAGAAGGCAAAAGCAGCAGCGGAAGGCAAAGGAAAGACCGACGAUGAUGAAGACGAUGAGCGCUUUCAAGAUCCAGACAAUGAGACCGGGCUUUUCAAUGCUCUGCCGUACGAGGCUGACGACGAAGAGGCCGACAGGAUCUAUGAGGAAGUUGAUAUGAAAAUGGACGAGCGAAGGAGAGCCCGACGUGAGGCGAGGGAAAGGGAAGAAUUGGAAAAGUAUCGAAAAGAGCGACCAAAAAUUCAGCAGCAGUUUGCUGACUUGAAACGGGGACUUGCGGUGGUGUCGGAAGAUGAAUGGGCGUCAAUACCAGAAGUGGGCGAUUUGGUCCGAAAGGGAAAGAGACAAAAGAAGCUUGCUGACAAGUACACUCCUGUCCCUGAUUCGGUACUACUGGGCGCAUCACAGCAAGCGGAGCUUACCACAUCGUUAGAUGCGAAGCAACAGUUGCUAGGGGGACUGGCCACCCCUGCAACUGCUGACGGUACAAUGACCGACUUUGUCCAGUUUGGACAAGCCCGUGAUAAGGUUUUAGGAUUGAAGCUGGAUCAAAUUUCUGAUUCUGUAACGGGUCAGACGAUUAUCGACCCUAAAGGCUAUCUCACUGACCUUAACAGUAUCGUUGUCAAAACUGACGCGGAAAUUAGUGACAUCAAGAAGGCUCGUACACUUCUGAAAUCCGUCAUCACAACUAAUCCGAAGCAUGCACCGGGAUGGAUUGCGGCCGCUCGUCUUGAGGAAGUUGCAGGAAAACUGGGCGCUGCCAGAGAAACUAUCGCGAAGGGUUGCGAAGAGUGCCCCACCAGCGAAGACGUGUGGUUGGAAUCUGCGCGCCUAAAUACAUCCGAAAAUGCCAAAGUUAUCCUCGCACAAGCCAUUCGGCAUGUCCCACAAUCCGUCAAAGUAUGGAUGAAAGCAUGUGACCUGGAAACGGACGGGAAAGCGAAGAAAAGGGUUUUACGUCGCGCUCUAGAAUUUAUACCUAAUUCCGUCAGAAUAUGGAAAGCAGCCGUGUCGAUGGAGGAAGAUCCGGAGGACGCUCGAAUCCUUCUGUCACGAGCGGUAGAGUGUGUACCACUCGCGGUAGAGUUGUGGCUUGCAUUGGCGCGGCUGGAGAGCUACGAGAACGCAAAGAAAGUUCUUAAUAAGGCACGUCUUGCCAAUGCGACCAACCAUGAGGUCUGGAUCACUGCUGCAAAGUUGGAAGAAACCAAUGGAAAUGAAAAGGGUGUAGAAAUGAUCGUCCGUCGUGCGGUGGACUCUCUUCAGAAGAAGGGCUCAACAUUAGAUCGCGACCAAUGGAUCCAAGAGGCUGAAAAAGCUGAAAAAGAGAAAUACAUUGCUACUUGUCAGGCCAUCAUAAGGGAAACAAUAGGAAUGGGAGUGGAUGAGGAGGACCGAAAAAGUACUUGGAUGGAAGAUGCCGAGAGCUGCAUAGCCCACGGGUCAACCGCAACAGCACGAGCUAUUUAUGCACAUGCACUUAAGGUGUUCCCAAACAAAAAAUCAAUCUGGCGAAGAGCAGCUUUCUUGGAGAAAGCCCACGGAACCCGCGAAUCCUUGGACGAAAUCCUUCAACGAGCGGUGCGGUACUGCCCGCAGGCCGAGGUUUUAUGGCUCAUGGGUGCCAAGGAGAAGUGGUUGGCCGGUGAUAUUGCUGCCGCAAAGGGGAUCUUGGAAGCUGCUUUUGCUGCGAACUCCAAUUCCGAACAGAUUUGGUUGGCCGCUAUCAAGCUCGAGGUCGAAACAGGGGAGUACGACCGGGCCCGUAUUUUGCUCAGCAAUGCACGAGAUAAGGCGAACACUGAGCGGGUAUGGAUGAAGUCCGCCCAACUCGAACGUCAGUUAGGCGCUGUUGAUGAAGCUUUAAGCUUGUUAGCGGAAGCAAUACGUCGCUUUCCCAACUUUGCUAAGCUUUGGAUGAUGAAAGGGCAAAUUGAGCAAAGGGAGAAGGGUGAUAUUUCUGCCGCGCGAGAUACUUACGCACAAGCGAUUAAACAAGUACCAAAGUCCGCAACGCUUUGGCUGCUCGCGUCCAGAUUAGAGGAGGGGGCAGGAGCGCAGAUCAAGGCUCGCGCAACGUUGGAAAAGGCGCGGAUCAUGAACCCCAAGGUUCCCGAACUCUGGUGCGAGGCGGUUCGCGUGGAACUGCGUGCAAAUAACAACCCUAUGGCAAAGGCACUGAUGGCCAAAGCGCUGCAAGAGUGUCCUAGUUCUGGACUGUUGUGGUCUGAAGCGAUUCUCAUGGAACCGCGGCCACAACGCAAAUCUCGCUCCGCAGAUGCGCUUAAAAAGUGCGAGAACGAUCCUCUCGUCGUUAUUACUGUUGCACGACUAUUUUGGGCCGAACGAAAAGUAGAAAAGGCGCGAAAUUGGUUUAAUCGGGCUGUCAAAACAAAUCCAGAUCUUGGCGAUAGCUGGGCGUGGUGGUUGAGGUUCGAGAUGAUGCAUGGUCGUGAGGAGCAACAACAGGAGGUGGUCACCAAAUGUGUUGCGGCGGAUCCAAGGCACGGGGAACGAUGGCAAACCGUCGCGAAGGAUAUAAGCAACGUCGGCAAGAAUACAGAGGCCAUACUCAAGCUGGUUGCUGCACAGUUGCACAAUACUAUAUAGCAGCAUGUAUAUAUACAAAACAAAAAAAUAGAUACAGCUUUUCAAUUCUUC